AUGUGCAAGCUGACUCUCUAUAUUCUCUCUUGGGCCACUUUAUCUUUAACUACGAAUGCAUUCCCUCGCGAAACCACUAAGGGUGGAUUAUCUUUGCCAUUGGUGUUGGCGACAGCAACCCCUGCAGUGCCGAUGGUGACUGAAGGCCCUAAUCUCCAUUGCUCGGAUGGCUCAACAGUUAUACACACUUCAGACUGCACAAUGGGGACCCCUGUGGCUUAUUGCUUUAAGCCACGUCGUCCAAUCAUAUGCGGUCCUGGCUACUUCCCCUCUGUCUGGCACCCUGGUCACUGUAUGGAGGAAUCGACCUGUUUUCCCAUCGAUGCAGACUGGAUCACAACAGAGUGCCAUAAUGGCGCAUAUCCGUUUACAACCUCUACAUUGUACGAAGGGACACUAGCGGAUGGAGAUUGGACAGCAAUAAGCGUCGUCUCUUGCGCCUGCGCUACAGAUCAAUGGUAUAGCAUGACCAUGCUUGAAGGCCGCUCCAAGGAUGAGACUUUCUGCAUGCCUCAUAGAUCCUGUCCUCCUGGGAUGACAACAUCUGUCCUUACCAAUCAGUACUGUGCUACGGCCCCAGCUGGUGCUUGCGCAGACACCCAAUACAAGCCCGAUUAUUGUUAA